CUCAUUGGAAUACAUUGCAGGGGCAUCUUCACCAAGAUCUUUGGGGAAAAAACCAGAUGGAAUCUUGGCUCAUGUCUGGACUAUGCUUGUGGCAUUCUUUGUAGCCCUUGUUAUGCUAAUCCGAUCUGUUGCAUUACGGGCGACUAAGAAACUUCCAAACUCUGUUUUGGAUUCUGCUCACGACAUUCCUGACCUGACUGCUGACACAGUUCCCAUGGAGGAACUCCGGCCUCCAUCACCUGCUCCAGGGUUUAGCGGGGCUAACCUUCUCUCAUCUGCUUUGCAGAAGCUUGGUGAACUUGAGGAGAAGGUAGGCAUGCUGCAAGCAAAGCCUUUUGAGAUGCCUUAUGAGAAAGUGGAGCUAUUGAAUGCUGCUGUUUGUCGUGUAGAUGCGUUAGAAGCAGAGUUGAUUGCCACAAAAAAGGCUCUGCAUGAAGCUUUAAUGAGGCAGGAAGAACUUCUUGCAUAUAUAGACAGGCAAGAACAGGCCAAGCUUCGGAAAAAAGGGUCUUGCUGGUGAAGAGAGUCUCUGUUUCAAGAGGACUUGCGUGGUGAUAUGGUGGCUAUCUUCGCUUGUUAUGUUUAAAAUAUAUUUUCGAUAUACCAAGUUUGUCUUCCAGAGGUGCUGCUGUUUCUGUUUAUAAGCUUCCUACGCGUUAUAAUAUUGUAAAUAAUGAAGAGUAUUGUACAACAUUCCUCAAGGUCUUCUGCCUGCGCAUGCGCAAUGACUCUCUAAUUUAUUUUGAUACUGUAGUUAUAAUAUGGAGAAAUUCACCACGAAAUAUGUUAGAACCUUUAA